GCGCCAGUCUGUAAGCCAGUCGUGAUUGGUAGAUAGUGGCUUCCGGUCGCAGCGCUCUUCAUUUGAAAAGUCUUCGGUUAUCUUGUUUGGGUCCUGACCGCCAUUGUUAAAAGGAGUUGUCCGCGUUGUUGCUAAAAGUGGUGGACCAUAAAAAAGAUUAACUUCAAGGAGUUCUUUUUAUUACUAUUGGCCUCUCCAGGCCAUUGUUUUCGAGAUCUCAAAAUGGCUCAGCGUGUGUCGGCAUCAGAUGGAGGAAACAAGAAAACUGCUAGAGUUAGAGUGGCGGUCCGUCUGAGACCUUACAUGAUUAAAGAAGACGAAAAAGCCGAAGGACCGUGUGUGAGAGGCCUGAACUCCCAGGACCUGGAAAUAAUCAACUGGAGAAAUGCAACAGAAACCGUCAAAUAUCACUUCGACGUGUUUCAUGGUGAGCAAACAACGCAGCAAGAGGUUUUCCUCUCGUCUGUGAAGCCCAUCCUGCCACAUAUACUGAAGGGACAAAAUGCCAGCGUGUUUGCUUAUGGACCAACAGGGGCUGGUAAGACUUUCACCAUGUUGGGAAGUGCUGAGCAGCCCGGUGUGAUCCCUCGUGCAGUUCGUGAGGUCUUUAACCUGGUCAAUGCUCAGGAUGAGGGUGAAGGGUGGACCUACAGUAUUGGCAUGUCCUAUCUAGAAAUUUACAAUGAGAAGGUUCUUGAUCUUCUAUCACCAAAUUCCCAUGAUUUGCCGAUCAGAGAGGACAAGGACAAGAACAUUCUUAUUCCUGGCCUCACCCACGCAACCAUCUCCUCCUUCUCAGAUUUUGACAAACACUUUAUUCCUGCCACCCUGAACCGAACCACAGCUUCUACCAAACUAAACCAGCGCUCCAGUCGCAGUCACGCUAUCCUGCUCAUCAAGGUCGUACGGACUCAGCAUGUUUUACCCUACCGACAACAGACGAGCAAACUGUACUUGGUAGACUUGGCCGGGUCUGAGGAUAACCGCCGCACUGGCAACCAGGGCAUCCGCCUGAAGGAAAGUGGCGCCAUCAACCUUUCUCUUUUCACACUCAGCAAAGUGGUGGACUCUCUUAACUCCGGCACAUCCAUCCGGGUGCCAUACAGAGACAGUAAACUGACACGGCUGCUGCAGGACUCUCUGGGCGGUUCUGCACACUCCGUCAUGAUCACAAACAUUGCACCAGAGUACAAAUACUAUUUUGACACCUUUACUGCACUGAACUUUGCAGCCAAAUCCAAGCUCAUUGUGAACAAGCCCUUCACACGUGAAACUGUGGCUAUGCCUGUGCUGCCAGUGAAGCGGUCCAGAGAGGAGCCUGAGGCAGGGGCGUCUGUCACCGAGCCAAAUAAGAAGAAGCAGAAGGAAGAUAAAAAACUUAAACAGGAUGGUUCCUCACCUUCAGCACAUUACCAAAGUUUGUCAGAACCAUCAGUGAUGGAAAGACUAAUAGCUUUGGAGAAGCUGAUGAUGAGCUGCCAGGACAAAGACAGACUGAGUGUACUUAAAGAUGUUGCAGAGUCCCGCAAAGAGAUCCAGGAGCUCAAAGAAAAGCAGAGGGAGUUUGAAAGCAAGGCCAUGCUUUUGAAUCACUUGGCAGGAGAAAAGUCUAAUUCAAAAGAGGAGCCUGUCUUCAGGAAUACCACAGCUCCCCUGCACAGAAAACAGCCAAAUGCCACCAAACUCAAUAAGCAGCAGGCUGUGGUCCAACCUCUACAAGUGUCUCAGCUCCAGCCUCUUCAACAGCUUUCAGUCGUCAAACAGUCAGUCUGCGUCAAGAAGAUAAAGAAGCUUGCAAACCUGGUUGAGACCCCGUAUGGUAAAGAGAACAUACAGGAAAAUUCCUGGGAGUCACAGCUUGAAAAACCUGUGCUGGAACAAUCCAGAAACAAAAUCCUGCAAAUUUUAAAUACCGGCUGCCUCAAGGAGCUGAAAGGUCUUCAGCAGAUCGGUGACAAGAAGGCAAAGCUCAUUCUGGGCUGGAGGGAGAUCCAUGGUCAUUUUACAGAGUUGGAAGAUUUGACAAAAGUCGAGGGUAUGACAGAAAAGAGAUUUUCCUCCUUCGUGAAGGCAAACAUCCUGAGUGCCAUGGGAAAAUGAUUUCUUCCUCUGUCUUUGACUCACGUUUGAAUGUAUAUAACUUCUUUAACCAACCUUUUUUUUUUUAUUUGCUUGGUUUUAUUCUUUUGUAGUGAUGCGUGUUUCCUGCUGGUGGCAGUGCUUUUUUUUAAAUAAAUCUCACGUUUAAUGUC